AUGUUUGAGGAGUACAACCAGGUGGUGAAAACGGCGAAAGAGCUUUCGAGAGAAGACUUCGAGAGUUUUGAGUUUCAACCGAAGAAGAAAGUUCGGGAAAUGUUUGAGAAGUUGAUGACUGCGACUACUGAAGAAGAAGAAGAAGAAGAAGAAGAAGAAGACGAUAAAGAAGAAGAAGAGAAAAAGAACAAAAAGGAUGCAACGACGACGACGACGAAGAAGCGGAAAGCAACGACAGAGAAGACGAAUGAUAACUUAUUAGCUUCUUCUUCUUCGAAUCUGUCGACCGUGAUGAAAAUGAUGCGACAGAUUUCACCCAUUGAGUUGGCGUGUAAGUUGAACUCGAAACAUAAAGACGCGGAGGAGAAACCGACAAGUUCGGAGAGAAUCCUCUCUAGAUUAUUAUCGACCUCUUCUGCGUCGACGACGAAGAGUAAGAAAGGAGAAAAGAAACCGCCAGAAACCGUACAGGUAAAAAAGAAGAAGAAAACGAAAGAAGAAGGAGAACCGGCGGCCGAAGCCGAAGAGCAGGAGGUGGAAGAGGAAAUAGACGAGAGAUUAAAGCUCGCGAGAGAAGCCAUGGAGGCGGCGAAAACGUCCAGAAAAGUGCACAAAAUAAAAGACCACGGUGGUUUGAAAGCGGUGAUCGAGAAAAGAGACUUUGCCGGGAUGGUCAUGGAGGUGGAAAAGACGUACAAAGAGGGCUCGAAAGAGGCGAAAGCGGCCGAGGAAAAGGAAAAUCUAAAAGGACAAAAAAUGAGCGGCUUAGACGCUUUGAUUGCCAAGAUUGAGAAAUCAAAGAAGAUGAGCGUGCUAGAUAAGACGAAGAUGGAUUGGAAGAAAGUGAAAGAUUCGAACGAGGAGAUUGACGAGGAGUUGGAAAUGCACAGAAAGUCCAAAAACACGUACACCGAACAACAAUCGUUUUUGCAACAAGCCGAGUAUCGAGAAUACGAAAAGGAAAGAGACGCGCGUUUGGCCGCAAACGCUCGAAGAGGCCCGGGGAUUUAA